AUGGCGCAAGCAGAAGAUACUGAACUUCGUGAUUUAGUAAUAGAAGCUUUGGAGAGAAACGGUUCGCUUGCCAAAAUACGCGCGUUGCUAAGAGCUAACAUUUUCUUAGCUUUUGAAGAUGAAUGUGAAAAUUUGAAACAGAAUGUGAAUUUGGAUAAUAUAAUUAAAGUUCCCGAAGGUCUUUUGGCUCUAUCAGUGGUCCAUGAGUUUUUGGAAUUUUGCUGUCUGAAGAACACAUUAUUCGUUUACAAGCCAGAGUCCCGACAGGGCACCGAAUACAAAUAUGAAGGAAAGAAAAAGUUGGCUGAGAAGAUGAACUUACCUAAAUCUGAUAUGAAAGAGCCCAUUCUUCUCACACUUGUUAAAAAUAUGGUAAACUCUCAGAAGAAAUAUUUUGGUUCAGAUGCUAACUCCAAUUACAAUCAUGAAAAAUGUGAUGAUAAAAACUAUAGAGAAGAGCAAAAUUGUACUUACAUUCUCCAUGAAGAUUCACAGAGUAGUACUACAAGUAACUCUCAAUCAGAUAACUCAUCAGAUGAAAAGAACAAACUACACUUGCGACUACAGCUUGAUAACUCGGACACAGACACCUCCAGUGACUCUGCGAGGGACAAGACAAGUUCUGAAUAUAUACCUGGAGACCAUAUACUACAAACAGCAGACAACGGCUCCAAUUAUAUUACACAGAAAUCCAGUGAUUGUGUAGAUGCUAGAGGGGAUGACAAGUUAACAACUUUUAAUAGACCAAGAAAUGAGACUUCUUUAUUAAUGAGUGAAUUAAAAUUGGCUACUAACAGUAGCAGUGACUCUACCUCAUAUGUUGAAUUAAAACCAUUUAAUUCUUUAGAUGAAAAAAUGCUUAAUACAGCUGGUUUGCCAAUUGUUGAAACAGAUUGUCAUAAUGAGCAACAAAGCUCAAAUUUUUUGUCAGUGUCUAAUGAACAAAAUAAUUUAGUAUCACCAAACCCUGGUACUUUAAGUAGUAGUGAUUCACUAAUAACUAAUAAACAAUUAAUUGAGACCAAAGCUUCCGAAGUCAGUGAGAAAAAAUCACAAGAUUCCGGCAAGUCAGAAGCGGACACUGCUGAGUUCAGUUACGGGGAUGAUUUCUCAUCAUCACCAGUUUCAAAGUUCAAGGAAAAUGUUGAUAAACAGACAAAGUCAUCUGUAUCUAUCCAAGAUGAAUUAGAAAAAAGUUUAAAUAAAAAUGUUUCAAUAGAAAGCCCACAUCAAACUUCUCAGAGUUCUCAAAGUUCAGUCUCACUGUCUGAUGUAGCAGAUUUAAUUAGUGAAAAAAGUUCCUUGAGUAUUUCUAAUAAUAAAUCUAAGGUCUCAGGAAAUAAUCAGUCAAAGGGAAUGUCGGAUCAGAAACAAAGUAAAGUUUUAAGUGAUGACUCGGGAGACUUUACUGAAUCUCCUGUACCUUCUUUAUCAAAUUUAAGUCUUGACAUUCACAGUGAUUGA